UUGAGGUCUGGGGCCUAUUUGCCCAAGUUCGGGGCCUGCGGAAACAUGAAGAGGGUAAAUAGCUGUGUGAAGAAUGAAGAGCAUGUCCUGGAGGAGCUGGAAACAGAAGGCCAAAGGCAGCUGAAGAGCCUCCUUCAACAUCAACUUGAUACCUCUGUCUCCAUUGAAGAAUGUGUCUCUAAGAAAGAGAGCUUUGCCCCGGGUACUAUGUACAAGCCCUUUGGGAAGGAAGUGGCUGGGACAAUGUCUUUGUCCCAGUUCCGGACACUGCAUGAAAAAGAUCAAGAAACUGCUUCUCUCAGGGAACUAGGUCUCAAUGAAACAGAAAUAUUGAUCUGGAAAAGCCAUGUUUCAGGUGAAAAGAGGACAAAGCUGAGGGCAACCCCUGAAGCAAUACAGAAACGACUUCAAGAUAUCGAAGAAAGGAUCUCAGAGCGCCAGCGCAUCCUUUGCCUGCCACAGAGAUUUUCAAAGAGCAAACAACUGACCCGACGAGAAAUGGAAAUUGAAAAGUCCUUAUUUCAGGGAACUGAUCGUCACUCCUUCCUUAAGGCUCUUUAUUACCAAGCAUACCACAAAAAGACAAGUGCAGACAAGUACAUGACCUCAAUGAAGAGGAAGAUAAAAUUAGGCACAAAAGUUAUACUGGGGAGGCUUUGUAGAACUUCCAUAUCUCUUUGUCUUGAUCCAGAUGAACCCCCAAAGAAGAACAAAGGUGAUCCCAUGAACAACCUGGAAGGUUUUUACCACGAGACUAUAAUGAAAAACCGUCUUGAAGAGUUCCAACUUAUGAGAGGUGAACCCUUUGCUUCCCACUCACUGGUCUCAGCUACAUCAGUGGGUGAUAGUGACACAGCUGAGAACCCAUCACUACUCCAGGACAAGGGAAAACAGGCAGCACAGGGUAAAGGCCCCAGUCUCCAUGUGGCAAAAGUUAUUGAUUUUCUACCUGAGCAGUGUUGGACUGGGCCUAAGAAGCUGACGCAACCAAUAGAAUUUAUCCCUGAAGAUGAGAUCCAGAGAAACCGUUUGUCAGAGGAGGAGAUCCGAAACAUCCCUAUGUUUUCUUCAUAUAACCCAGGGGAACCAAACAAGGUGCUAUACCUGAAGAACCUUAGUCCUCGGGUGAAAGAAAAAGACCUUAUCUCAUUAUUCGCUCGGUUCCAGGAGAAAAAAGGGCCACCCAUCCAGUUCCAAAUAAUGACUGGACGCAUGAGGGGACAGGCUUUCAUCACCUUUCCCAAUAAAGACAUAGCAUGGCAAGCAUUGCAUCAAAUAAAUGGAUAUAAACUCCAUGGAAAAAUAUUGGUGAUAGAGUUUGGAAAGAACAAAAAGCAACAGUCAGCUAUCCAGGGUGCUUCCCUUAUAACAACUGCUACAGAUAGCAGUACAGAAAUCAGUGGUAGCUAGAAUACAUAUUGACACACAUACAUAUACAUUUGAAUAUGUGUAUGUGUAUGAACACACACUCAGAUCUUUUAUCAUUAUCUAAGGUGUAGGCAUUUGUUUAAAAUGAAGAGGAAAUAUUAGAAAGACAGUAAUUAGGACAGUGAUUCUCAGAAAGGAUUGGUAGAAAUAUUUUCCAAAAUUAAAUACUGUAUAGUCUAGAAAAAGACUAUAUAAAAUUGACACUAUCCUGAGUAUUGGACAGAUAAUACCCUGAGCUUUAAGAUCCUAUGAAAACAUUUAAUUCUCAGGAUAUAUUACAUAGAAUUGUUCCUAAAGAUUCUUUAAUAUUUUUGCAGUCUUCGAUGUUUAGUCCUAGAGAUAAUACUUUUUCUAGGACUAUUUCCUGUAUACAAAGAUUUAAAACUAUUCAGUGUUAAAAUAUUUAUUUACUAGAACUCACUGUGUUUUAUCAGAACUUUCAGCAGUUACAGUAGGUAGAUUCAUGAGUUCAUCAACAUAUUUAAUGGUUGCUUUUCUACACUGUUUUCAGUCCUCAAAAAGACUACAUAUACUAUACUGACAUCUUUUAAACCAAAAUAUUGGUAUCUUCAUGAUACUAUUGAACUCAAAACAAUAGAUAUUAAACAUGGAGUAACUGCCUAAUAUAUAUUAAACAUUAGGUAUAUGAAUUUUUGAGAGAGAACAAACUAGCAAGGAGUUCUAAGGGGACAAAGAAAGUUCUAUAUUUUAGAAGAAAGGCAUCCUGUGUCAAAUCCCCUAAUGAUUUGUUUAUAGUUGUUGAAGAAUAGAAACACAAUAUACUAUAGUCAAGGUAGUACCAACAUUGGAUUAAGACCUGUGACCCUCAUAGUCAUACAUGUUUACCACCCUUAACUUCAAAAGUCACUUAAUCUGAGCCUCAUUUGUCUUAUCUACAAAGUAGAGUAAUAUUGCUAUUUACCUCACUAAGGGUUAAAUGAGGCUAGAUUAUCCAAGGGAAACAAAUGAGGAAAAUAGAGGAAACUCCACUAAGCACAUCAUUAAGAAUUCAAGAAAGGGAAAGAGAGAGACAGAGACACAGAGAGACAGAGACACAGAGAGAGAGGUGGGGGGAGAGAGAGAGGGAGGGAGGGGCAAGAGGGUCAGUUGAGCCCUGAUUCCAAACCAGCCUGUGUAAAACAGUGGAACCCUGUCUAAAAACUAAAACCAAGAAAAAAUGGCAAAAUUAAGAUCUCAAAAACAGUGGAGGAGACAAUGAAAGGUAAAGUAUCCACCACAUAAAUUCUAAAAGCUGGAGAAUUUGUUGCCAGCAGACAACACAAGACUUACAAAAGGACCUUUGUCAAGCACGUGACCUUAGAGAAUAAUCUAAAUAGAUACAUAAAACAGACAAAGCUGACUGUGUAGCUAUAAAAAUAAUCUUGAAUACUUUUUCCUUCUUAACCAAUUUAUUUAUUUUUCAUGUAGCCCUGGCUGUUACGGAACUUGCUCUGUAGACCAGAUUGGCCUCAAACUCAGAGAUUCACCUGCCUCUGCCUCCCCAAUGCUGGGAUUCUGGUAAUUUUUAGCAGUUGUAUUAAGUUGUAUGUAUUUGCAUUGUAUCUCCUAUAAUAUAAAAGUUAAUGUAUUUGCCAAUAACAAAGAAGGUGGGAAAUAAUGCUUAUUUUCCUAAAAAUAGCAUAAAUCCAUACGAACAAAAAAAAAAGGAGAAAUAAGAUCGCUAAUUUUACAAAGCUGUAAACAGUUUGGCUUCUUAAAAAUAACAGCAUUGUAUUAAGUGAUAAUUGUAAUGUAUUGUUAGCCCUGUGGAAUGUAGAAAUACUCUGCUUAGCUAUCAUGCCCAAAAUUCUGGGGAAAAGAAAACAAAAAUAGUAUUAGAGAUAAAGAUUCAUUUUUUUUGUUUAAAAGGUCAAUCUUUUAAGAUGUAACAAUUUUAAUGGCACAUUUUCAUAACAACAGAUAACCCAAAAUAACCUAAAGCAAGGUAGCAAAGUAAAGAAUGGCGAAAUAGUCUCUGAAAAGUUGGAAUACUCAGUGUUACAUUUCUACUAAAAGCAGAUGAUAAACAAGGAAGUAGAGUACUUCAACACUGUGAGCCAAAUGGAUCUGAAAAACAACUAUAGAACAUUCUAUCCUAUAACACUAGAGCAUGUAUUUUUAUCCCAGGCAUAUGAAACAUCUUUAGGCUACAUCAUGAGUUAAACCACAAAAUAGGCCUUAAUAAAUACAAUUAGACUGAAGUAAUGUAAAUCAUGUUCUGACUACCUGGAAGGAGGUUAGAAAUCAGUAGCAACAAAUUGGGAAACUCACAAAUAUGUGGAAAUUAGUCACAUUCAAAUAGCAAGUGGGUCAAUAAAGAAACAUAAAAGAAGGCAACUCUGUGGGUAAGAGUGCUUGCUGCUCAUGGACAGGACCUGAGUUUGAUUCUCAGCACCCACAUUGGAUGGCUCAUAGCCACCUUUGUCUAUAUGGGAAAUGUUGAGAGAUACGCCUAUUUAAAGAGAAAAAAGAUCAUAUAGCAGUAAUUCAGUUUACAUCUGUAGGAAAAGAAUAGCAAGCUAUACCCUACAACAAACAGAAAAAUGUAAACACAUGCAAAAUAAAUGAGUGAGUAGGAUACAAUAGAGAAAAGGCAAUGAAUCUAAGCAAGAAACUGGCUUACCUUUUUCCAGACACAGCAGGAAAAGAUAGACCUAGUCUAUCUUUAUUAGGAAUAAAGGAGGGGAUGUUGCUGCUGACCAUAGAAGGUACAUGAGGAAUACUGUUAUACUUGUGUGUCAAUAAAUUAACCUACCCAAAAGGUACAAAUUCUAGAAAGAUAAAGUACCAACAACAAAAUAUAGGUUAAAUAAGCAACAAGAAAGAUACCCACAAAGAAAGGCCAGACUUUUUAUUUGAAUUCUACUAAAUGAUUCAUGAAACAGUUGUCCAAUUUCUUCACAAGCUAUUUUUAAAAUAAACAGGGAACACUUCUGAGUUGUGCUACUACAAUAUGGCAAAACCUUGAGAAUAUCUUCAGUGAAAGAAGCCAGUCACUGCUGAUGACAAAAUGACAAAUGAUAAGAAUAGGAACUGGGCGUUGGUGGCGCACGCCUUUAAUCUCAGCACUCCACUCGGGAGGCAGAGGCAGGCGGAUCUCUGUGAGUUCGAGGCCGGGUUGGACCAACAGCCUCCAAAACAAUACAGAGAAACCCUGUCUCGUAAAAACCAAAAAAAAAAAAAAAAAAAAAAAAGAAUAGGUAGGUAUAACUGGAGUAGAUGGGAAUUCUUUGCAAGUAGAUGAAAAUGAUCAUAAAUUACAUUAAUGGUUGUAUAAUUAUGAAUACAUCAAGUGGGCGAAUUUUAUGAUAUGUGAAUUAAAUCUCAGUGAAACUCACAAAGAUAGGCACUUGAACAUUAUCCAAAUGUCCAUCUGUCAACAUGAGUGACUUAUGGCGCAUUCAUUUAGUGGGAUACUAUGAAGCCAUUAAAGCAGUCGACUCAAUCUAUGAAUAUAUUGUGACUUGUACUCAUAUCCAAGAUUUUAUAUUAUUCUAUAAACUAUGAUGUAUGUAUGUAUGUAUGUAUAAGAUGUCUGUAUAGUAUGGAUACAUUUUUAAGCAAAUAGUUUAUGUGUAUAGUUUGUAGAAAUAACUUCAAAACAAAUAUCGGAAAGAAAUAGGGAAUAUAUAUAUAUAAUAGGCUGUAAACCUUCUGGCAGUGGGACUGUACAAGCUGAAAAGACACCUUCACCUUGUAAACAUUUUUAGUUGGUGUGAUUUGGAGUGGCUUUUACCUUCUUCAGUAUUUUUAAAUUUAAAUAGUUUUUAAAUAUUCUUAUAAACACUUGGCUUCCAGAAUAUUUGUCAGAUCCACUCUGAGGAUUUCUGACUUUACUCAGGACAAACUUCUAUUCAUUUGCUAUCUUGCUCACAUGAUUAACGCUCCAAAUUUUGAUAGCGUUUACAUGAUGAGAAGUGAAGGAGCCUGAUUGCAGCCUCUUGCACACGUUACCCAGGGACGUACUUCUCAGCCAGCUUUCCCAGAAGCGAUUCCUUGCUCUUAGGUGGAAAACCUUACCUCCUCCUUACUAAACCUACAGACCACUUAAAAAUGGGAAAAAAAAUCAAGGAUACCUUUCAACUGGUGCAGAGAUACAGAAACUGGUAUAUCCAAAUGACGAAAUUCUACUCAGCAAUAAAAACUAAGGAAUCAUAUAUGCAACAACUUGGAUAAGUCUUAAAUGUAUUUUGCUAAGUAGAAGAAGCCAGACUCAAAUGGCUAAUUACUGUUAUAUUUCAUUUGUGUGAUUUCUGGAAAGGGUGAAGCAAUAAGGCAGAAAAUCCAGUAGAUAUCAAGUGUUGGCACAAGGGAUUUUUUAAUAAUAGGAACUUUAUGUUCUUUAUAGUUAAACUGUAUAUGUUUUUGUUUAAACUCAGAACUAUACACCAAAAGAAUGAAUUUUAUUGUGUGAAUUUUUUGAAAUAAAAUAAUUUUAAUGAAACAAAGAUUUGGAAAGGCAAUUAUUUCCAUUAACUAGUGUUAAGUAUUGUGUGGUCUCUGAUUACCACUGAAAACCCAAAGCCACUUUAUUUCUCUUUUGCUUUUCAUAGGUGAGCCCAAGCCACUAAAUUAAAAUCUCUCUAUUAAUUACUUUUCUAUUGCUGUCAUAAAUACCAUAACCAAGGUAACUUAUAGAAGGAAGGGUCUGUUUGGGACUUAGAGUUCCAGAGAGAUAGGAGUCCAUCAUUACUGUGGCAGAGAGAGUGGCAGCAGGCCAGACGGCAUGGCACUGAAGCAGUAGCUGAGAUCUCUCAUACUGAUUCACAAACAAGCAAAAAGGCACACUGGGGAUGGUGAUAGUCUUUUGAAACCUCAAAAUCUAUCCCUACUGAAGUGCAUUCUCCAAGAAGGCCACACCUUCUAAUCCUUCCCAAAUAGGUUCACCACCUAGGGAUCAAGUAUCCAAGCAUAUGAGCCUAUGGGGCCAAUCUCAUUCAAACCUCCACAAACUUUAUAGCUGGAGCCAAUAACUCACUAAUAUUACACUUGUUUAGCAUUCAUAGGGGCCUAGGUUCAAUUCCCAGUACUGCCUAAAAUGAAAAACCUAAAAAUCUGACCCAGAUAGAUUGGUGCAUGCACUUAGGACCAGACAGCAGGAAGAUUGCUGACCAAGGCUAACCUGAGCUAUGCUGUGAGUUACAAACCAGUCUGCGCUACCUAUGAGAACUUUUUCUAAAAAAACAAUUUCCAUAUAUACAUACACAAUUUUGCCAUCAAAAAUCUAGGAAAUGUGUUUGUUGCCCCAAGAGCAUGAACAAUAUUUAUUUUAGUAAAAUAGUCAUUGAAACAUAAUUUUCAGUACAUUUUAUAAAACUUUUCAGAUGUUUUUUGAUGAUUGUAUUGGGAUGCUGUUUUAUAUUUAUGUGCAUGUGUUUAAUGUGUCUCUAAGUAUAAAUGUUCAUUGUGUGAGUGCAUGUAAACACAGGCCAGGGUGUCUGUGUGGAGGUCAGACGACAACCUUGGUUUAUUCCUUCUAGGUUUCUUGAGACAGGUUCACUUGUGGUGUUUGCUAUUGCCUAGGCCAAGUGAGAAGGUCUGCAAACAGAUUCUUCUGUCUCUGCCUCCCAUCUCACACACAUGCACUACCAUAUCCAGCGCAUGUGGGGUUGGGGCAUCUGAACUCAGGGGGUUAGCCUUACAAGGCAAGUUCUUUACCCACUGAGCCAUCUCCCCAGCCUGCUGGCUGUGUUCCUUUACAAUUCUCUUGUUCAAAAUAUAGGACUGGACUUGACUUUUAGGUGUGUGUUUGUAGUAUGAUUUUAUAUCCAAUCAAGGACAUAGACUCCUUAAUUAAGUAUCAUUUACUAGAUCAUUAGUAAGGAAAAUAUCUGUGAAUAAUGGUAAUUUUCUUCCUUUCUACAUAUAGCCUUAGUAUUUAUUUUUUGGUGUAUUGUACCGUUCCUAUUCCAUAUCGAUUCCUUGUUUUAUUGUGUUCUUCCUACUGAGUAUUGAAUAAAAGUGGUGUUGGGUA